AUGUCAUUUAACGAUUUUGCUAGUUCUUUAACACAAAAAUUUCAAGAGCUGUCCACUGUUGUCUCUGAAAGGACUCAGGAUUUGGGCACUUCUAUUCCAUCCAUUGCUUCUUCAACUCAACGUUUAGUCCAAGAGAAAUUAGGUAAUGUUACUGAUAUUUCUCAAUUACCACAAGAAUAUUUAGAGUUGGAAAAAGAAAUUGAUACCAUCAAAUUAGUCUAUGAGCAUUUCUUAAAGAUUACUUCCAUCUACGAUAAUGAAUCCUAUGAUUAUCCAAAGUACGUUAGCGACUCAGUUAAUGAUUAUUCCAAAUUAUUUCAGUCAAAAAUUGAAGAUCUAUCUCGUGCUACAAGUGCAGAAGAAGCUCAAAAUAUCUUGGUUACCCCAGGUCCAAUCACUGAACCAAGAACUUUGAACUAUGCCUUAAGUAAAGUUGCUUUGACGUCAAGUGAAAGUUUAAAUCAAUUACAAGACCCUAAUGUAUCUGCUGUUGCCUCCACUUUGUUGAAAUUUAGUGACAUGCAAACAAAGAUCGCUCAACAAAGAUUACAACAAGAUACUUUAAUUCAAACUAAAGUCAAUAAAGUCAUCAAGGAAAAAUUAAGUUCUUUAAUCGAAAAGGCGACCAAAUCCCGUAGAGAUGUUCAAUACAAGAGAUUACAAUACGAUGUUGCUAGAUCAAAGUUAGCUCAAGCUAAACCAGAAAAAGAAGCCGCUCUAAGAGUCGAAAUGGAAUCCUUAGAAGAGCAAUUUGCUCAAGCUACUGAAAGUGCCACUGUCACUAUGCAAGAUGUUAUCUCUCAAUCUAAAUUUUUAGAUACAUUGAAAAACUUAGUCGAAGCUCAAUUAAGUUACUUCGAGAAUUCUGCUAAUUUAUUAAAGGAAUUGCUGCCUGAAUUCGAAUCAUCUUCUGCUUAA